AUGGCUUCUCUGGACAGCAGUGGUACAGCAACAGCCGAGACAUCAUCAAUGUUUUCUACAGCAUUAUCUUCUGUUGCUCCUUCAGAAGUAACACCUUCACAAACUCAAUCAACAGCAUUGCCAACUUCUUCCCCAUCUGACAUCACAAGCGUUUCCUCUGACAGAACUGCAACCACACAAGAAAUCUCAACUCUUUCUCCUUCUCCUCAAGCUGAAGCCACAUCUCUUACUCUCUCAGCAACAUCAGUAACCUCAGCUGUUGGUACGACCGCUGGAAUAGAUCCCACUGAGACCCAGGGAACACCUGAGAUUACUCCAUUUGUUACUGUCACUCAGCAACCAAAUACUACUGAACAUGUGACAACAUCAGAAAUGACGAGCACGUUAGAGACACCACAUGUGAGCUCGGCAACACUUUCCACAGAAACAUCGCAAAUCACAAGUGACGCUACAACAGAAUCUGCAUCAUCUGUUGCCGUAGCAUCCACGAAUGUUCCACAAUCCCCAACAACAACAAUGGCUUCUCUGGACAGCAGUGGUACAGCGACAGCCGAGACAUCAUCAAUGUUUUCUACAGCAUUAUCUUCUGUUGCUCCUUCAGAAGUAACACCUUCACAAACUUACUCAACAGCAUUGCCAACUUCUUCCCCAUCUGACAUCACAAGCGUUUCCUCUGACAGAACUGCAACCACACAAGAAAUCUCAACUCUUUCUCCUUCUCCUCAAACUCAAGCCACAUCUCUUACUCUCUCAGCAACAUCAGUAACCUCAGCUGUUGGUACGACCGCUGGAAUAGAUACCACUGAGACCCAGGGAACACCUGAGAUUACUCCAUUUGUUACUGCCACUCAGCAACCAAAUACUACUGAAAAUGUGACAUCAGAAAUGACGAGCACGUUAGAGACACCACAUGUAAGCUCGGCAACACUUUCCACAGAAACAUCGCAAAUCACAAGUGACGCUACAACAGAAUCUGCAUCAUCUGUUGCCACAGCAUCCACGAAUGUUCCACAAUCCCCAACAACAACAAUGGCUUCUCUGGACAGCAGUGGUACAGCGACAGCCGAGACAUCAUCAAUCCGUAGCAUCCACGAUUGUUCCACAAUCCCCAACAACAACAAUGGCUUCUCUGGACAGCAGUGGUACAGCGACAGCCGAGACAUCAUCAAUGUUUUCUACAGCAUUAUCUUCUGUUGCUCCUUCAGAAGUAACACCUUCACAAACUCAAUCAACAGCAUUGCCAACUUCUUCCCCAUCUGA